GAGCAAAUAUCUAUACAGAUGAAAGCCUCCGGGUCAAAAUGACCCACAACAUCAUGUUUGUAUACAAAAUCUACAGACAUUCCACAACACAUCAGUUCGUGUCCACAUUUUGAAAUUAGGUUCAUGACCUAAAAUGAGGAAAACUCAUUUAAAUCCAUGGAGAAAAAGAGACAUUAACUAGCAUUUUAGACAACUCAAACGUGGAAAUGGCUAAAAUUGACCCGCAACAUAAUAGUAGGGUUAGGGUAUCUUUACCUAUACUCAAGUAUGAGAAUUGGGUACUUUUUCUACCACUGCUAUCAAUUUCUAUGGUUUAGCGCAGUAGUGCGAAAAGGGCGUCAUUGAUUAGAGGGGAAUAAUGAAAACCAGAAGUGUCCUCUCCUCAAAAUGUGUGGGAGGAAAAGUAAAAACAAUUAAAGAAAAUGAUUGUACUAAAGGUAUAGUUGAUAAACUAUGUCCUUUCAAUUUGGCAUCCAUGCCAUUUUCUUGUUUUGUUUGUCUCUAACGUGCUUGUAUACACAUUCCAUGGGACUACUACUUGCAGAAAAGGGCUGAUACAGCUUCCAUAGAUGGCUGCCUGCUACUUUUAGCAGGAUCGGUGGUAUCUGGGAUAUUGGGUACCUACCCAAUUGAAGUAAGUUGUGGACAUCCCAGGGAAAUAGAAUAGCACUAACCCUUGUUACAGUGUUGGCAUCACUUGACUCCACUUCCGCGUUUUCAAGCAAGCCAGCGAAACAUCACAGCUUCCUCCCCCUCCCAACGAGAAUGGAAAUCAGACUGCAACAGUGCUGAAUAUUAAUUGAACUAGCUAUGUAAAGUCUCGUAGCUAGCUUAUAAAUUGAACGGACCAUUCACUGUCAAAACAUAUCCUUGCUUAAACAGUGAAGCGGCUUUCAGGAGGAAAUGGGGGGGUUGGGUAAUGGUCGUCGAGGGGGGCGGUCUCCUCCUCUUAUGAUUGGUGCUCUGAUCGCUUGUGUCCUUGUCCUGGGUUUCAACUACUGGGUCUCGAACUCACGGAACUUGGAGUUACAGUCCGUGUUUUUGAAGUGGAUUGGAAACGAGGCCGAGCCAGUUGGAGAAGUUGUAUGGAGAAAGGCAAGCUGUUUAGAUGAAUGAAUAUGACAAAGCUGUACGAGUUGGAAGCGCAGAUGCGUCGGGCGGCGUCAGAACGUGGGGCAGUGGAGGUGAAGAAGAACGAGUUCCAGGAAGAGAUUCAGCGGCUGAAAGAGGAGAGCAGCCGCAUGCAGAGCCUGAACAAGAGGCUGGAGGGAGUCCACAACACCUGUAGCCAGGAAAAGGCAAACCAACUGAUAAAUAUAUCCUCCAGUACCAAAGUAAUACAGGACCUGAAAAAUCAGUUAAAUGAGCUAAAUGAGGACCUGGGUAAAGUUCAGAAAGAGUUCCAGAGUUGCCAAGGCAAUCUGAACACCCUGAACAAAAAACUCACCUAUGACAUGACUCAGUGUAACACUCAGAUACUAGCACAGAGGGAGGACUGUGCUGAAAAGGUGGCUGCAGCCAAGCGGGAAGUUCAGAAGAAACUGGAGAUGAAGAACCCAGCAGUGUCCUCCCAGACAAAUGCAGCACCCACACAGAAAAUUGGCUCCACUGAGGUGGGCGUGCCAGAUAAAGAGGGGCCUGGGAAGGCAGGGCUGGAUGACACUAAGACUACUCCUGUCCACGGCCACGCCCCUGAACCAUCAGCGGCCAAAGGUCCUGCAGUGGACCUCAAAACCUCAGAGCUGGAGACCAAUGAGAUCGCAGUAGACAAAGCUCUCGACACUCCUGCGCUAUCCCCUAAAGAGUCCCUGCCCUCCGCUGAUGCUAAGGGGGACCAACCGGGGCCUGUAGAGGGGGCCAGUAAGCCCCGGAAAAAUAACCUGACCGAGGACACUGAGCUGGAGGUGAUGGAAACACACGGAGGAGAGCCUCAGAUAGAGGAUGCCGACCCUGGUGCUGAUGACAUUCAGCUUAGCCAGUGGAAGGAAGAAGAGGCUCCUAUUGGUCAGGAGAAGGUGGAGGAUCCUGAGGAGGAUUACGACGCAGACAAGCCGAUAGUGGGCGGGGUCGACCCAGACCAACGGAACCAGAUGGCUGAGAACAUAGAUAAGGAGGCUGAACGGGAAAUGCAGGAAGAGCUGGCGGACUACAACGGAGACGACGAGAACGAAGGAGAGUUUGAGGCUGACAAACAGGCAGAGCUCGCUCAGUUCUGAGGUGGUUGGAGAAAGGUGGGAGCUAAGACCCUCCUCAAUCCACUACCGAACCAGGAAGGGACUACAGCUCCUCAACAGAACUGUUGUCAAGACUACCGUCUGUGUAAGACUUCUGCUCUUUCAGUGAAAGCAUCUCACGGUUCGCCUUAAUAUACUCAAGUCUUCUGCAGUGAAUGUAUAUUUUGUCAGGAAAACAGACUUUGGAUUUCAGAACUGCUAUAACCAUGGGUGAAACGAUAGUUUGUGAUAACAUCCCAGAUCGUGCUGAUAGAACUGUACUCCGAUUCACACUCUAGUCUUGAUAGUGACUUAAUGUGCAGUUUGUUACACUUAGCAGUUCUUACAGUAGUUUCAUAAACCAAUAGAAAAUGAGAUGUCCUGCUGUAUGACAAUGUGAAUAAGGUUUUUGUUUCAUAAUUUGAAAUGUUUGCAGGGAUCAUUCAACCCUAAGCUUGAUGGUCAUGUAACUAUUUUGUAACUUGUUGGUAAAAGUGGCCUCUGUGCACCAGGCAGACCCACUACUGUAAAUGUUUCAGAUACGAUUUUUUUUUUUUAUAGCCCACUCAAAAUGGUAAUUAUGGUUGAACACAGGUUUUUUUUCUUUCUAUUUAGAUUGUAACAAUGGAUUUGUUGCUUACUGAACUGUUAAAUAAUCUGUUUUUUAUUGAGGAAAUGUAGCACAGAAGGAUGACAAAAUAAAUCAUUUUAAUACCA